GUGGAGGGAGAACCUGCCCCCCCGCCCGCCUCUGUGGCUCCGCCCCGUGACCUGGUGACCUCUGACAUCACAGCUCGUAGUUUUCGGGUGACGUGGACUCACGCUCCGGGCCAGGUGGAGAAGUACAGAGUGGUUUAUUAUCCAGCCAGCGGAGGACAGCCCGAUGAAAAGGUGGUCCAGGGGACGGAGAACAGUGUGGAGCUGAACUACCUGAACUCUCUGACGGAGUACCAGGUGGCCGUGUUCGCCAUCUAUCGCAGCUCCGCCAGCGAAGCCCUGAGAGGAAGCGCCACCACACUGGCUCUGCCGAUGGUCAACGACCUGCAGCUGUUUGACAUCACUCACAGCACCAUGAGGGUCCGCUGGAGGACCGCCGCCGGGGCUUCUGGGUACAUGAUCCUCUACGCUCCGCUGACGGAGGGAGACCUGGCCGACGAGAAGGAGGUGAAAGUUGGGGACUCUGUGACUGAAGUGGAGCUGGAGGGAUUAACGCCGGCCACAGAGUACACAGUGACCGUCUACGCCAUGUACGGAGAGGAGGCCAGCGACCCGAUGACCAGCCAGCAGACCACAC